AUGGCUGAAAAUGCUGGUCAUCCAGUUAGUGAUGCUGCUCCUCGGCCAUUGAUUACCGGUUUAUCACCCAAAGAAGGAGUUCCAGGAACGCAAAUUAAAAUUCGUGGCGAACAUCUUGGAAGGAAUCAGUCGGAUCUGGUUUCUUUAUCGAUUUGUGGAACUGACUGCUUAAUUUCAGCAAAAUGGAAAUCACCUUCUCUGAUUAUUGCACGUGUUGGGCAAGCAAAACGUGGUGUCGGAGAAGUGGUCCUUCUAACAAAGUCAAUGGGAAAAAGUACCUCAAAUGUCACGUUUCGUGUUUUCAUCGUGCAGGUUGGUCCACUGGAGGAAAGUGCUGUUUGGGUAGAUGAAACAAGGACUGUUCCUGGACGUGAAGCUGUCCAUAACGUUCCUGAAACAACAGUUGCUUUGGAUGCGUUAGGACUGACGAUUGAACCGCAUAAAAAAAUGGAUCAAACGUCUCUGAUGCAAAUGUUUCCGGAAGGUUCAGGCAAUCUUCGAAUGGAAAAUUUCAAUCCAGCUUGGUAUUUGCUUGAAAAUCAUCGUGAAACAAAACUUUCUGAUCUCAAAAAAGGGUUGACAUAUUUAACACAAAGUACUAAAGAAGGCGAAAAAAGCAGUUCCGAUUUGCAUCGUGCUAAUCUAUGCUCACUGAUUAACUGCGUUGAUACAUUGGCAACACUUCAUGAUAAAGUGCAGCUAGAGAAGAAUGCUUAUGGUUGGCCGCUUACAAAAAAUAUUUCUGAGAAGCUGGCUGAAUCACACACUGCAGCAAAUGCAGUAUUCUGUGAGGUUUUAUCACGAAAGGAUCGAGCUGAUGCCACACGGAAUGCUUUAUCAGUGCUUACUCGUUUUCGAUUCAUUUUCUUCCUCUCUAGUGCUAUCGAUCAAAAUUUAGCAAAGGGCGAAUAUUCAACAAUUCUUAAUGAUUAUACUCGUGCAAAGUCACUCUUCAAGGAUACUGAAGUGUCGUUAUUUAAAGAGGUAAUGGCUGAGUUGGAUCAGAAAAUGGAAAUAUUUAAGAAAAAUAUGAAGCAGCGUUUGAUCGAUAUGCCUACUUCCUUUGAGGACCAAAGUAAACUAAUCAAAUAUUUGAAAGUCCUUGAACCCAAUUCAGAUCCAGCAUGGAACUGCAUUACAGCAUACCAUUGUUGGUUGGAAGAUCUUUUGUGGCAAACGCAAACAAAGCAUUUAAAGUUAGCGCUUGGUCAGGUCAGUAAUAAUAAAGAUUCAUCGUGUAUAUUCUCGUUAGUUGAAGAAAACUCGCAUAAUCUUCACGAUUUCGUUCAAGAAAUGGUCAAUAUAAUCACGGACAAAUUACAAAUAUUCUGGAAACUUUCUCAGAUAUACUCCUCAUCAGUUAUAAAUCUGACAUCGGUGGAUCGCUUAUGUGAUAUUAACCAAAUGCUCAUAAACACAAUCAAUGUUUCAUCAUGGUUGAUAUUAAAUGCAUUAGUAGCUGAUGCUUUGCCCGAAUCAGUUUUAAGGAAGUACAAGGAACAGUUCGCGAAAUGGCCACCUAUCACUUCAUCUCCUCUCACGCAUCAGUUAUUUUCAUCACUAAAAAUUUUAAGAUCAUGCGUAAGUUUCAUGCUAGAUUGCAAUUUUACUUCGGAGCAACUGCAGCCAUUAUUGGAGCUUUGUGUUACUAUUCGAUUAAAAUGCUUGUCAAAAGUAAUUGAGAGAGUUACACAAGGAGUAAUUAGCUUAGGGAGUGGAGAAAUCUGGAAAUUAGAGCAUACGGGUUUGUCGAAAACUAUUUUACCGGAUCUGUAUGAAACCGAGGUGAAUGAUAGCAUGGGACAAAUUCGACAAAUACUUUCAUCUUCAAAUUAUACGGGUGAAUUGGAUUUGUUUAGUAGGGAACGGUUUCGUUUGAUGUUGAUCGAUUUAUUUACAAUGAUUCUCACAUCAAUUCGUGAUUGUAUAGAGAAUGUGCUACAGCUGAGAGGUACAAAACGUCCAUCGGCUUUAUUCAAUGAAGGAACAGCUAACAGCCGGAAGUUGCUCAUUGCCAUAUGUAACAUUGAAUAUGUGAUUGGUAAUUCUUUGCCUGUAUUGUGCCGUCGCUUAGCUGAGAAUGGUGUCAAAUAUGGUGACGUCAUAUUUGAAAAAAGCAAAGGACAGUUGUUAGUGUUUCGACAGAACUUGAUGAAGUAUUACUUGCAAAUAAAAUGUGCUACGUUCAGUUCCAUGUUUGGAUCGGCUAAUUACGAUCAUUUACCGAACGAAGAGGCAUCAGAUUACAUCAAAGAACUCGUCAUGUAUCUAAUAUUCAUCCAAUCAGAAAUAUAUUUACUUGCUCCACAUCUCAUGCGCGAGAUUCUUCGUCCAAUAAUACAAAAUGCAUUCGACAAAUUAAUUGAUCGACUCAGUCAUUUGCAAAAUAUGUCAUUGGAGCAAACCACACAAGUUGCCGUUGAUGUUACAGCGUUGGAAGAAAGUAUACAAAAUUUCUUGGCACUGGAAACAAGGACUGUUGUGAAUUCUUUCCGGGCCAAAAUUGUCAGCAGCUUGGAUCAGUCGCUUUUUCAGCGAUGUCUUCGUAAUUUUCGCACUGCAAUGCGAAUGGCAAUUGUAAGUUUGAACUGCGACCAUACAGAUGCAGAUGACUCAUCUGAUAUAUGA